AUGUCUGGGGACAACAGCUCCAGCCUGACCCCAGGAUUCUUUAUCUUGAAUGGCGUUCCUGGGCUGGAAGCCACACACAUCUGGAUCUCCCUGCCAUUCUGCUUUAUGUACAUCAUUGCUGUUGUAGGGAACUGCGGGCUCAUCUACCUCAUCAGCCAUGAGGAGGCCCUGCACCGGCCCAUGUACUACUUCCUGGCUCUGCUCUCCUUCACUGAUGUCACCUUGUGCACCACCACGGUACCUAAUAUGCUGUGCAUAUUCUGGUUCAACCUCAAGGAGAUUGACUUUAACGCCUGCCUGGCCCAGAUGUUUUUUGUCCAUAUGCUGACAGGGAUGGAGUCUGUGCUCAUGCUCAUGGCCCUGGACCGCUAUGUGGCCAUCUGCUAUCCCUUACGCUACGCCACCAUCCUUACCAACCCUGUCAUCGCCAAGGCUGGUCUUGCCACCUUCUUGAGGAAUGUGAUGCUUAUCAUCCCAUUCACUCUCCUCACCAAGCGCCUGCCCUAUUGCCGGGGGAACUUCAUCCCCCACACCUACUGUGACCACAUGUCUGUGGCCAAGGUAUCCUGUGGCAAUUUCAAGGUCAAUGCUGUCUAUGGCCUUUUUGCAGCCCUUCUGAUUGGGGGCUUUGACAUGGUUUGCAUCACUGUGUCUUAUGCCAUGAUCUUGCAGGCAGUGGUGAGUUUGUCAUCAGCAGACGCUCGUCAUAAGGCCUUUAGCACCUGUACCUCCCACAUAUGUGCUAUUAUUAUCACAUAUAUUCCAGCCUUAUUCACCAUUUUUACUCACUGUUUUGGGGGAAAAAACACUCCCCACCAUGUCCACAUCAUUAUUGCCAAUCUCUAUCUGAUGUUUCCACCCACUCUGAAUCCUGUUGUUUAUGGAGUGAAGACCAAGCAGAUCCGGGAAGGGGUAAUCAAGUAUUUUAAGGAGAAAGGCAUCCUAGGUAUAAAAUAG